GUUCGUCAGUGACAUUCGGCGAGCGCAAAGCAACAAGCUCAUUGGUUGGAGCGGAGAGCGGGUCAAGAGGUGAGUGAGACGCGCAACGUUUCUUUCUGCCAACUCGUCGAUGUAUCCCGGCAGAAGAUCUCGUUGAAUUUCUCGUUUGUGCGAAAGAGCUCUGCCCCCCGCGCACAAGCACACAAGAAAUUACUAAGACUGACAGUUUGAUCUUGUAUGAGAAGAAUGAGUGAGAGAGACAUCACAACAUUGAAUAGCCAACUAGUGGUUGCUGUAAGGAAUAACGAAGGUGAUGAGGUUGACAGAUUGUUGAUUCUAGGAGCUUCACCAAAUGCGUGUGAUGAUGGAUGGCCUGUAUUGUUGGAUGCUUGUAAUAGACGCUCCUAUUCUGUAUGUAAGCUGCUAGUGGAGAGAGGUGCAGAUGUGAACAAAAGUACUUUGGGUAGGACUGUUCUAAUGUGGGUAGCAAAGUAUGGUAAUGAUGAAAUGGUCGACUUCCUUUUAUCAUCAAAUGCUGAUGCUGGAAUGAAGGAGAAGGAUGGUAGGACUGCAGUUGAUUGGGCUAUGUUAGGAGGUCACAUGUCAACAGCUGGUCGUUUGGUGUUAGCAACUCAAAGAGUUGAAAAUGUUACAGUUGAGCAUCGUUUUCUUGUGUUGCAUUGGGCAUGUAAGAACAAGAGAGAUGAUGUGAUAAAAACAAUUGUUAAACUGGGAACAGAAGUGAAGGAUGACUCGGGACGAACUUUACUUCACUAUGCUGCUCAGUAUGACAGUCGUGAUGUGGUUGAGCUUCUCUUGGCCAACAAGGCAGAUGCUGAUGCUUCAGACAAGUAUGGUGUCAAGCCUUUUGAUUUUGCCUUCAAUAAUGGUCACAUGUCAAUUGCUGUUCGGUUGUUUUCAUUAAUGCAGUCAGUUGAAGAUCUUGUAUUUAAGAAUGUGUGUAAGCUGCUGGAGUGGACAUGUAGGAAUGAAGAAAUGGAUUUUGUAAGGAAGAUUCCAGAGAAGUUUUUUCACGCAGUGGAGGAGGAGUCUGGUCGCACUUUACUUCACUUUGCUGCUGAACUUGGUCAUCAUGGUGUAGUCAACUAUCUGUUGGAGAAGAAGGCAGAUGCAGAUGCUACAGAUAAGGAUGGUAAGAGACCAUACCAACUGGCUGAUGGUGAACUGAGAAGACGACUGAGGAAAGCAAUAGAUGAACAGAAGUAUGCUGUUCUGUUUGCUGAGGGCACAGUGAGACCAGAAAUCAUCAAGUUGUGUUUCAUCGGUUCAGAAGGAGCAGGAAAGACGACACUCAUGGAGGCUCUCAAACGAGGAUGGUUCAAACGAAUUUUCACAAACGAGAAUCAAGCAGACGACCCGGAUUGUGAAGAGGAACGUACGAUUGGUAUCAACGUGAUGAUAGCCCUUAUUCCAGGAGUGGGUCUGGUCUCACUGUGGGACCACGCAGGUCAAAAGCAGUUCCACAAAACCCAUGGCCUCUUCUUCUCUGCAUCCAACUCGUUCUUCAUCUUGCUAGUGAGUUUAAGGAGAGUAAAGGAGGAACGAUGGUGCAGCGCUGAGGAGUUGCGAGAUGAGGUUCAGUACUGGCUCUCAUUUCUCAGAUCCAGUUUGGAUGGAGAGUUUAUACCCACAGUGUUGAUAAUGGCCAGUCGAGGAGAUUAUGAUCGUGAUGGUCAGCGUGUGUCACAGGGUUUGUUGCAGCGUGUGCUCGACUGCAUUCGUGAGCUGUUCAAAGGCAUGAUCAACAUCAUUCAAGAAUGUUUGGUUAUCGACUGCAGGAGGAGUUCAUCUCCUGAAAUGGAACAACUGAGGAAAUUGUUACGUGGUGUUAAGCAGCAACUUGAGGAGUCUGCUCCUCUGUAUCCUCGUCUUUGUCAGCCAGUCGUGUCCAAGUUGCUUCCUUCUCUUCGUAAGAAACAAAAAGAUCCAUUCAUGGAGAAGGCAACGCUCAUGGAGAAGAUUGAGCAGGAAGCAUGUCCAGGACAAGAGAAGAAGGUUGUAGAAAAGGUAGUCGGUUUUCUGGAUCAUUCAGGAGAGAUUGCUGUUGUUGGUGAUGUGGCUGCUCUCAAUCCUGUUUGUCUACAUCAAUAUGCCAUCGGUCCUAUUGUUGCUUCUGAGGAUUUCAAGUGGCGUGUCAAGUCAGAGAGAAAUGAUGGCAUGGUAACAAGAGAUGAAGCAGAAACGGCAAUCAAACAUUACUUGAGAGAUCACAAGAUUGCUGUUCAACUCAACACAGAUAAAGUUCUUGCUAUCAACAAAUCUCUUGGUAUCUGCUUCAAAGUGGAAGGCAGAGAAGAAGACACGUACAUGUUUCCAGCUCUCUUGCCUCCUAAGGAUCUGUCUGUCAUGUGGGAGAAAGAUGAGAGUAAGAAAGUGUAUGUCGGUCGACGUCAAGUGUGCAGCAGUCAGACGACCAUCUUCAGUCCAUCUACAUUCUGCAUGUUUCAAUCUAGAGUUUGCACAACAUUAGAUCCAGAAGCAAGGCUGUGGAGGGACGGACUGAUCUUAUCACAAGGCAGUACAGUUCAUAAUCUCAUUGAGUGUUUGGUGGCCAUGAUAGAUCCUGUUCGCUCUGUGGACUUUGUGUGUCGUGGAGGCAAUCAAACCGAAGGAGAAUGUAUUUCACUGCUGGACACUGUCAUGUCUCUUUGGAGAGAUAUGUUAGACAGCUACAGUCCUUUCACUAAAUAUCAGACUGAAUAUCUGAGCAGAAAGCAUCUGGAGGAACACAAAGAACUGAAACAAGUCACUACCUACUCUGAGGAGAAAAUCAAGGAAGCAAAAGCAAAGGAAGAAGGAGCAUGUGCUGCUGUCAAACAAACAGUUGGUGAUAAGCUGAUGGUAGAAAGUCUUGGUGACCUACUGGUCGUAUCCAGCAGACCAGUGACUGGACAGUGCAAUGUGACGUUGACAGCUGAUAUGAAAAUAAACGUUCUAAGGGAAUUGGGUGUAGAAGCUUCUCACUUGGGUCGUACAUUUCAACAAGGAAACAUGCCUGAUUUCGAGUCUAUAAGAAAUGCUAUUGUUAAACACUGCAGUGGCCAGUGGUUUGAGAUUGGGUUGACCAUAUUGGGACUCAAAAGUGAUGAGAUCGAAAGACAAACAUUUGAUAAACCGUAUCCUACUGGCAAAUUGCUUGCUCUCAUUGAAGCACGAAGGACUAAAGAUGGAGGAAGCAAGACGGCAGAGGUCUUGUUGAGGAUGUUAUGAGAUACCUACACCAGUAUGUGAAGAAAUGAAAGUUGAAUUUAAGAGCGAAAUGUCGUCAUCCUAGCAGAGUACCUACAGGAGGCCAUGUGAGAGGCAACAAUCGUCUUCUAUGUCUGAUCUCUAGAAACAAUUUAUUGUAUCGAUUCAAUCAUUCUAUUGAACACUUUAGAGUAUUAUUACACAUUUUGUCAAUUGUAUGAGAUUGAUCAGUUGAACGAUUGUUUGUCUCUCCUCAGCAAAUUGUAACAAGUAGAUAAUACACGUGGUUAUGCUCAAGUUGUAUCAACUUACCAUCAGGACAGACUGACAAAUGAAUGAUAAUUUGAGUUCAUACUUUC